UGGCUGGCAGGCGGGUUGCGCAGGCGCAGAGAGCCGGGGCCCCGCCGGUUGAGGUAGCCGAAGGUGAGGGGGCUGUGGGUGCACCUGUGGGGCCGGAGCGGCGAGUUCACGCCCCGGUGGGUGCGGUUAGCCGCCAGACCGGGCUCGGGGCUGAGGCUAGCCUCCAGGAGGGCCCCGAGAGAGGUCGGGGGCGGGCCUGAUUGGCCUCUGUCCUCAGAGCGGGAUGCAGUGACGGCCCUGAGCGACCAUGGCAGCGGCAGACGAGCUGGCCUUCCACCAGUUCGAGGAAGCUACUAAUCUGCUGGCCCAGACCCCAAAUGAGGCCACCACCAGAGGUGAUCAGCUGGUUCCCCAGCAGCACGUGGCUGUGGCCAUGGACUCAGGUGGCAGCUACGGAGCUGAGGACGAGGUGGAGGAGAGUGACAAGACCGCGCUCCUACAGGAGGAGAAGCAGCAGCCUGGUUUCUGGACCUUUAGCUACUAUCAGAGCUUCUUUGACGUGGACACCUCACAGGUCCUGGACCGGAUCAAAGGCUCGCUGCUGCCCCGGCCCGGCCACAACUUUGUACGGCACCAUCUGCGGAAUCGGCCAGACCUGUAUGGCCCCUUCUGGAUCUGUGCCACACUGGCCUUUGUCUUGGCCGUCACCGGCAACCUGACCCUGGUACUGGCCCAGAGGAGGGACCCCUCCAUCCACUACAGCCCCCAGUUCCACAAAGUGACCGUGGCCGGCACCGCCAUCUACUGCUACGCGUGGCUCGUGCCGCUGGCGCUGUGGGGCUUCCUGCAGUGGCGCAAGGGUGUCCGGGAGCGCAUGGGGCCUUACACCUUCCUGGAGACGGUGUGCGUCUAUGGCUACUCCCUCUUUGUCUUCAUCCCCACUGUGGUCCUGUGGCUCAUCCCUGUCCCAUGGCUGCAGUGGCUCUCCGGGGCCCUGGCCCUGGCCCUGUCAGCCGCGGGCCUGGUGUUCACCCUCUGGCCCGUUGUCCGUGAGGACACCCGGUGGGCGGCUGUGCUGCUGCUCUCCGUGGUGGUGCUGCUCCACGCCCUCCUGGCCACGGGCUGUAAGUUUUACUUCUUCCAGCCGCUACCUCUGGAGCCCGCAGCACCUCCCCACCAGGCUACAUCUCAGCCCCCAACCGUACUACUGUCACCGCCCCCACCAAGGUCCGCAGCAGCCUAGGAAGACUGGAGCCCACAGGAGUUUCUCUCUUUCAGGCCCAACAUAAGGGGGUGCCUCUGCCUGCCCUGCCCCCCAGACGGUGACUGAAGGCUCCCCUGAGACCUCAAGAUGAUUUUGCUACUUUCCAGACUUUUCUUACAAAGCAAACACUUUUAUUUUCUAUGCAAAGGUGAUUCAAAGAAUUUAUAUAAAGGCGGGAGAGGGGCAGAACAGGGAGCUUCCAGGGCAGCCAUUGCCCCACAGGCCACCUGCCAGGAUGGGCGGGCAGCACAGGGGGCCACCCCAGCCACGGCUGUGCCUGCUCUUCCUGGGGGGCCCAGUUAGUGGGCCUUGGGCCUAGCCUGAGCUCCACCACAUCCGAGUUUUGGGGUGUUAGAAACGGGGAGCAGAAGUAGAAGAAAAUUGCCUGUGCUGAAACAUACAUUUCCUUGUUUAUUAGGUUUUUUUUUUUCUUUUCUUUUUUUUGGAGAGGUCCCUGCAAGGCCCCUUCCCAGGCUGGGGAGGGGCCAAAAUGCCAUCAUAGUACUAGGGACUGGAGCAUCUACAAAUACUGAAGGGGAUACACAGGCCUAACGUUAGCUACAAGGAAAAAGGAUGCCUUCCACGACAGACCCUUGAGGUUUCUGUGUCUGCUCAAGCGGCUGACAGUGACCCUUCCCCCCAGGGCCCACGAGGCCACCUGUUCUAGCUCUUGGUGUGGGUGUGGGACCUGCAGGGGCUCAGGGACAGGACAGCAGCAAGUGGCAGGGGCCGAGGACGGAGGGCCUUCCCGACAGCCGGGUGGGUUGUACAUUCAAGUGUGAGGUGAACCCUUUGGUGGGAGGGGGCCGAGGGGCUCCAGAGGCCCGGCCCCGCCCCAUCCUGAAGACUCGGCAGGGCUGCCCCUCGCCACUGAGCCUCUGAGUCGGGGAGAGGGGCUGCUGGCUCGGCCCGGCUGGCCUGAUGUCUCGGAGGGUCUGUGGAUUGACACUGGUUCUUUUCGUAAAAAAAUAAAAUUAAAAAAAGCAGCAUGUCACGCCCAUUGUGACCAAGGCCUGGUAGUUGAAGGGGAGGCCCCGCCUGGCCAGGACUGCCUUCCCACUGGAGACAGGCAGGGGGCAGGCCUGAGGGGCCGGGGGAUGGCGGGGGGUAGGGGGGGCGCGGGCGGCAGCUGCUCCCCUCCCUCCCUGCCAGGCCUGCAGCUGUCAGGCCCGGACACACCUGUUACAGAAGAUUUCAAACCCAGGUCAGGGUGGAGAGGGCAGGAGCGGGUAACAGGGCUCCCACGACACGAUCGUGUGUAAAAUAUGGCAGCGACACGCGCUCAGGGCCAAGAUGUGGGCGGGCAGCGGGCUGGGGGCGGCGGCAACAUCGUGUAAAAAAGUGUUCAAGUUCCCAUAGCAAAGAGGGCUGUGAGCGGGUGUUUGGGCUUCUCCGGUACAAGGGUGAGAGCCACCCGGGUGGAGGGGGGAUGGGCAGGGUCUUCAUUUGGUUUCCUGGUGCUGUCAGUCUGUUCCACUCCGGAGGGCCCUAGCUCCCGUAGUGCAUGGUGUUGGUUGGGAUGGACAUGGGCGAGGCCAUUGAUAUGGCGGGGCCGCCCAUGGUGAACUGGCUGUUGACCGCGUAGUGGGCGCUGGAGCUGCCGCCGCUGCUGCCCUGGGCACCGGAGGACCCUGUGGGGCGGGGUGUGGGCACUGAGGAGCCAGCUCUGCCCCCUCGCCCGCCCAGACCCACGGCAGAGUCAGAGAGAGAGAGCGCAGGCGAGAGGGCAGGCGGGCGCCCGGCGGUGGGCACCCUCACACCCGCGGGACCCUGCUCCCCCCGCCCACCAUUACCUUGGACAAUCCCCGUGCUCAUUAUGGAGCCCAUCCGGGAGUGGGUGUGAUUGACAAUCCCCGUGUUGGCUGCGUAGCAAGAGGAAGGAAGGAAGGAAAGGAGAUGGCGUCACCGCCCCCAGCCCGCCCGGCCCACGUGCCUGGCGUAGUGGGUGCUCACACUCGGAUGUGGGGAGUGUGGGCGCGGUGCUGGCAGAGCGAGGCAGAGAGGAACGGCGCGGGGGACCUCAGCCCCCGGGAAGAAGAAAAGGGGGUGAGGCCGAAGGCCUGAGCUCGCCCCAGCGCGCCCACCCCCCAUGCGCUCACCUAAAGGAAUCAGGUUGUUGUGCCCCACGCUGGAGCCGCCGGCGAUAACACUGCUCAGGUCGUAGGCAGUCGGCAUCCCUGUGCCGGGGAGGGACAUGUCAGGGGCGGGGGACAGUGUCCUGGGCAGGGAUUCGAGGGGCCAGAACUGCCAGCGUUUACUCAGGAAGCACCGGCAGGUGUGUCCAGGAAGUGACACUGGCACCUGCCCCACCCACACACGGGCCUGCUCACCAGCCACGGCCAUCCCGCUGCUGAGGUUGUAGGUGCUGCCGGUGUUCCACAUGUUCUCCGAAGGGGACGUGUAGUGGGAGCCAGGCGGCGGGGAGGGCGUCGUGCCUGUGUAUCUGUGGCAGAGACGGACCGGUCGACAGGGCUGAGGGGCUGCAGGCGAGGAGGGGCACGCCCCCUCCCACCACGUGCAGGCCAAGGGCCCAUCCUACCUGAAGAAGGGGUUUUUCAGAUCCAGGAGGUUACUGGAUUUGGAGCCUGUCUGGUCUACCUGGGCCACAAUACUGAUGUCAUAGCUCUGUCUGUAGAGAAGGCAGGAGGGGCCGGCCAUGAGCCGGCUGCAUGGAUGGACUGGAGCCCUGCCUCCCCUAGCCCCGGCCAGCAGCUCACACCUUUUGUUGGCAAUAAGCAGACAUGUCCCUGAGAGCGUGUCCCCGGCCUUGGCGAACAGUGGUGACUGGAACAGGCACCGGACCUGGUACCAGUGGGUCAGGGGCUCCGUCGGGGCCGUGGACAGCCACACGGUCAUUCUGCCAAGCAGGAAGAGGCAUGCGUUUGCCCGGGCUGCAGCCCCCACCUUGUGCACCCUGAGCUCUCCCCAGGCAUCUGUGCCCUGCCACCCAGGGGUCCCCUGGGGCCCUGGAGCCGAGACAGGUUGGCUGUCCAGGAAGUUAACACACAGCCCCACAGCUAUGGGGCACCCACUCACCCUGACAUACAUGCCAAGAGACACAGUCAGGUCCCGUGAGUAACAGUCACUCAGAACAGGGUAGACACCCACCCCGCCACAACAGCCUACUGCUUGAAGGCCAGCGCCUGCUGCCUUUGGAAGAAACAGUGGAACCCAGAGGAGUCGGGUCCUGCCCUCGCAGCCCCCAGUUCAUCAUCUGAGCCAGCCAGGCCUGGGCUUCCCAACUGCAGGCAAGUCCCUGGGGCCAGGGGCAGGGGCCACCUGCUCUGCCCUGUUACACUCACAUGGAGCCAAUGAAAGCGACGUCAAACCAGAAGGCCAGACCAUGAACCAGCCCGGAAUGCAGCAUGUGGAAUUUGAAUGGGAUUUCUAUCCUGAAAGGCAAAGGGCAGUGAUUGCUGGGGAAGCUAGCUGAACAGGGGCUGCCAGGAGAGAAGAGGGGUACUCAGGUGUUGAGUCUCUGCCCGCCUGCCCUGGGGAGGAGAAUUCUGCCUGAGGGAGCCGGCUGCGGCCUUGACCUCCAGCAGGAGCCAGACCCAGGAGGACAGGGCAUGGGUGCCAGUACCUGUGCAAAUCUCCUUCUUUGGCUUCUAAGAAGUUCACCGUGUACUUGACAGACUUGGCCAUGAGGAUCCGGAUGUCAAAUGUGUCCUGGGAGAGAUCAGAGGUGUGACCUGACUUCAGGCACGGGGUGAAGUCCUGAGUCUGGCCACGGCGCCUAGGCCACUCAGCUAAAACCAGUUUGCCCUUCUCAGACAUGCUAGGGGGAGGGGGAAUUAGUACAACACAAUGGAAGGAAAUUAGGUGACAGCUCGCAAAAUGACAACCAUUCAUCUGCAUUAAAGACUUGGCAGUUCCACUUCUGGGAUUUUAACCUACGGAUCUACGUGCACAUGUACAAACUUACACAUGGAGUUACAGAUUGCCUAUAGCAGCGACACGCUGGAAACCAUCUAAUGAAACAAGUAAUGGCCCAACAAUAAAAGAUUAUGUACAUGAAAAAGAAUGAAGAGGCUGUUUAUGAUGGGGAAAGAUCUCUAAGGUAAACUGUUAAACAAGUUCACAAAAAAAAGAAGAAAAAGUUAGAGAACUGUGCACUGACGUCCACUCCCAGCCAUGACGGAGAUUUCUUAUCAGACUAACACUGCUGCCAAGAACUAUACGAACUGAAUAAAAAACAAAGGAAAAAAACCCCAGUUGUCUGAAAUCACUGGAGAGCGACCACAGCAGCUACAGCUUUGGGGCCAAGAUCCUAGAGAGAGGAGAGAUGCUUUUCGGCCUGUGCCUUUCCCCUUGGGACGGGGCCUUUCAGCAGCCUCCCUGGGUGGGGAAAGCAAAAUGGGGGUUCGGGAUUACCAAGGCAGCUAGCACUCAAGGGGCCAAGAUGCUAAAGAAAACGGAAAUGUGGAAAUUUGAGGUGGACAGUCUGCCCGUGAUUUCACUUCGUGGCAUUUGCCAAUUCCUGAGCUACAUGUGGGAUGGGGGUAGGGAAAUCAAGCAGAAAGCUACUUCCAUGAGAUUAAAAAGCUAAUGAAAGGUUCAGCACCAUGUUGGUGCUCGGAGUAUGGAACAAGGGGCCCUGUGAACCACCAGGCUCACCGAGACCAUGAAGACUAUGCCCUAAAGCAGCGGUUCUCAAAAUGAGGUCCCUUCCAGAGCACCCUCAAGGUCAAAACUAUUUUCACCAUAUAACACUGUUUUCUGCCCUUUUCAUUCAUUCACUCACCUGUGAUACCACAACAGAUUGAAUGCAGAAGCAGAAUCCAACUGUCUUCUGCUAAGCCAGCCAUUAAAAAGAUUUGCAAAUUUAAAAUGUCGCUAAUUCUUGCUGGAAAGUUUUGCAAUAUAGUUUUCUUUUUAAAAAUGCUAUUUAUGUUAACACGUAAUGGGUUUUUAUUGUUAUCCUUAAAUUAACUAAUGUGUAUUUUUAAAUUUCUUGGGUUUAGUUUUCAAUGUCAAUAGAUAUUGACGGUACAUCAAUCAAUACAAUGCACACAAAACUUCUUUGGGAUCCUACAUUUUUGAGAAUGUAAAAGGGUCCUGAGACGAAAGUGUUUGAGAACUGCUGCCUUACAGGGAAACCGGGCGAUAUGCCAGUUAAGCAGAGUCUGAAAAGCAACCUCCAAAUGUCUUAAAUGCCUCAUAGGACCAAGGUAAUCUGUCAUUAUGGCUUCUUGCCUGAACAAAAACGAAUCCUUGGAUAGAAAAACAUCAUCCAGAGCCUCUAUAAUUUUUCAUUCUGGCAUUCAAUGACCAGGCAUACCAAGAGACAGAACCAAAGUACCAAAAACCAGGAGAAGAAAAAACAGAAAUACACUUACCACUUAUCCAGAUACUAAAAGUGAUCAGAGACUUAGAAUUAACAUGUUUAAGGAAAAAAGGUGAACAAAUUUCACAGAGAACUGAAAUAAUAAAAAAAAAAAUAAGCAAAAUGAAACUCUAGAACUGAAAUUUUAGAAAACCAUGGGGGAGGAGGAGUUGGAUGGGCAGUCAAAAGGAACUACAAACUUCUAGUUAUAAGUACUAGGGAUGGAAUGUACACCAUGAUAAAUAUAAUUACCUCUGCUGUACGUUAUACAUGCAAGUUGUUAGGAGAGUAAAUCCUAAAAGUUCUCAUCACACACAAAAUUUUUUUUUCCAAAAACAACAAAAAAAAUUCAGAUUAUACAUAGUGAUGAGAGGAUUGGAACUGGGAGAUGGAUAAGGAGAAAACAUGAAAAUUAUGCAAUUGGGAUAGAAAAGUGUAAGUAUAGAAAAGAGUAUAAGAAUCAUCUGAGAAAUGGUGAAAAGGUCUAAUGUAUACAUAAUCAGAGUUCCAAAAGAAGAAAGAGAAUGGGACAGAGGUAGUGUUUAAAGAGAUGCUGGGCUUCCCUGGUGGCGCAGCGGUUAAGAGUCCUCCUGCCAAUGCAGGGGACAUGGGUUCAAGCCCUGGUCUGGGAGGAUCCCACAUGCCACAGAGCAACUAAGCCCGUGUGCCACAACUACUGAGCCUGCGAGCCACAACUACUGAAACCCCGUGCACCUAGAGUCCGUGGUCUGCAACGAGAGAAGCCAGCACACCGCAAUGAAGAGUAGCCCCCGCUCACUGCAACUACAGAAAGCCUGCACGCAGCAACAAAGAUCCAACGCAGCCAAAAAUAAAUUAAUUAAUUAAAUUAAUUUAAAAAAAAAAAGAG